AUGGAGUCUCGCGGAAAGCGUGUCACUUUUGACCAUCCUAACCUCGUCAGAUACCCUUCGAUCAAGCCUUCAGUUCCGAAGCCACCACCCGUCCGUCCACCUCCGACCGUUUUGUCUACCCAGGCCACGAGAGAAGCUGUCAUCGAGUGUCCGAGCUGCGGUGAGGCUCAUCGACUGAGUAGCUGUGCGGAAUUUCGGCGGAAGUCGCCGGACCAUCGAGCGUUGGUGGUAAAAGAGAAAGGUAUCUGCUUCAAUUGCCUUGGAGGGAAACAUCGAAGUACCGACUGUCGUUCAAAGCCGGACUGUGAAUCGUCCGGAUACCGUGCUCGCCAUCAUUCGUUGCUGCAUGGUGCGGAAAGAGUUUUCCCCGAGUGGAGUGGACACCGCCGUUUUCCACCUCCGAAUGAAGAUUCGAGCUACGUUCCAGGACCCCAGACUCUCGCUAUUGCUCCCCGUUCAGCAUCAAAUGUGCUUUUGGCCGUUGUUCCAGUUCGUCUUCGUGCUGGUGAUCGAACACUCGACGUCUUCGCCCUACUGGACUCCGAAGGCCAAGCUACUUUGUUGCGUGAGGACGCGGCUCAGGCGCUCGGUCUAACGGGCCGGCUUCGCAAAAUUCGUUUUAGGACUUUCCACGGGAAAGAUCCAAUCGUGGAGUUACCACUACCAUGGUUGGCUUCAUCUGUGAUGCUGGAACUCAUUGUCCACCCGUCUACAUAUUCUCCGUAA